AUGUACCUAUUUCGGAUACUUGCCAUCCUCACAGCCUUCACCUGCGCGUCCGCAGGCAGACUGCCCUCCAGAACCUGCGUUGUCCCGGCCUCGGGCACGAACGAAACCGAUGACGCUCCUGCUAUCAUUUCAGCGUUCGAGCGCUGCGGCCGCGGCGGCAAGGUCGUCUUUAAGCCAACGACCUACUACGUCAACUCAGUCAUGAAUAUUUCUUGGCUGCAGGAUGUGGACAUUGACUUGCGCGGAAAUCUCCUGUGGAGCACCGACAUCCAGUACUGGCUCAACAAUUCCCUCGAAGUCGGAUACCAGAAUCAGUCCACAGCGUGGAUCCUGGGCGGCGAUAAUGUCCGCAUCGAUGGGCAUGGGAUUGGCACGCUCGACGGCAACGGUGACUACUGGUACGAAUGGAUCUCGCAGCAGGAGAACACGUCAAAUUAUCCGGGAAGGCCGAUUGCCUUGACGCUGAGCGAGUUAACGAAUUCUGUGGUUAAAGGGGUCAAUUUCCUUCGGAGUCAGAUGUGGACGCUGGCAAUCAUAUACUCCCACCAUGUCGAGUUCGACAGUAUCCUUGUGAACAAUACAGGGAAUCGAGUUGACAGCUCUAACACCGAUGGUGCGGACACGAUCCGCUCCUCGCAUAUCAGCUUCAAUAACCUGACCGUUUACAAUGGGGACGACAGCAUCUCGUUUAAGGCGAACAGCACCGACAUCACAUUGACGAACUCGCACUUCUACAAUGGUCUCGGCGUGGCGAUCGGCAGUAUUGGCCAGCUGAAGGACCAGUUUGAAACUGUUGAGAGGGUCAAGGUCGAGAAUAUCGUUUACGAGAACACACUUCAUGCUGUUUACUUCAAAACUUGGACUGACGACCAGAACGGAUACCCGCCUAACGGCGGCGGCGGCGGCCUCGGCUAUGCGUCGAACAUGCUUUUCAAAGACCUGGAUACAACCUCCCUUCGCGGCUCUGCAGUCGCAAUCUCGCAAUGCACACGGUUCAGCGGAGCGCCCGGCGAAGGCAACUGUACGAACUCGCAGUUCCAGAUUCGGGACAUCACGGUUGCAAACCUGCAUGGGACAACAAAGUCCGAGCGGGUCACGAGCUUCCAGUGCAGUGCCGUGGCGCCCUGUACGAAUAUUGGGGUGUUCGGGGUUGAUCUUGAGUUUGCGAAUGGGACGAAGGCAGAGGAGUAUCUUUGUGGAAAUGUGAAGAAUCCGAGAGGGUUUGUGUGUACCGGGGCGGUUUGCGAGGGGGGCAGUGCGACGGGGGAGUGCUAG